GGAAUGAGCAACGGGUAACGAGGCUAUGCUAUACCUGCGUGAUGGUAAAUGGUCGGUUUCCGCGGAAUAUGCUCUCCUAGAGUUCGUUUGAGUGUCUCCACCGUCCAGUUUUUCGGAAAUUGAAAGUCGCGCCUUCGUAGUUUCCGCAGUUUCCGACUGAGAGGAGGAGGAGGCGAAGUGACAAGGAAAAAAGGAGGCAGGAAUGUCCAAGAGCCGCACGGGGCAGUUGAAGCCGUGCUGCACCUGGUGCAAGGACAACCGCAAGGACCUCCGGCACACCAUCACUGUCGGACAGGCCCGCCGGGAGUUCUGCUCGGAGAACUGCCUUCACGAGUUCAAGCGGGUCUACCUCAAGGUGGCCUGCGCCCUCUGUGAGAUUGUGAUCCGAGGGGCCUCCGUGCACCUAGACGACCAUGGGCUACUGCGGGAGUUCUGCAGCACAGAGUGCCUAGACAAGUUCCGCCAGCGGGGAGACCCUGCCAGCAUGGCUUCGGCCUCAGACCGGCCCAAGCUGAAGCCCCAGAACACCAUCCAGUACCAGUACGAGAGCUCGGGCUACUUUGACUGGGAUGAGUAUCUCAAGGAGACACACUCUCAACCAGCUCCAUCCAGCUGCUUCAAGCAGAACACGGAGCCCCCGACAAACGAGUUCCGUGCGGGCAUGAAGCUGGAGGCCCUCGAUCCCCGCAACGUGACAUCGACCUGCAUCGCGACGGUGGUCGGGGUGCAGGGCCCCCGACUGCGCCUGCGCCUGGACGGGGGCGACAACAAGAACGACUUCUGGCGCCUGGUGGACUCCGGGGAGGUGCGCCCCAUCGGCCACUGCGAGCGCUCAGGGGGCAUGUUGCAGCCCCCGCUGGGCUUCCGCAUGAACGCCUCUUCCUGGCCCAUGUUCCUGCUCAAGACCCUCAACAAGGCGGACAUUGCCCUCGACUCCUACUUCAAGCAGGAGCCGGCAAGCCCAAGGACCAACGAGUUCCGGGUGGGCAUGAAACUGGAGGCCCUGGACCGCAAGAACCCGCACCUGAUCUGCCCGGCCACGGUCGGGGCGGUCAAGGAUGACAUGAUCUUCGUCACCUUCGACGGCUGGAGGGGCGCCUUUGAUUACUGGUGCCGCUACGACUCCCGGGACAUCUUCCCCGUGGGCUGGUGCCGCCGCUCGGGCCACCCGCUGCAGCCACCGGGAAACAAGGGGGCCAAGUACAAGACGCGACCAGGCAGCUCUGGCGCAGCCGGAGCGGCCGGCACAGCCAGCUCCCCGAGCAUUCCCCCGCCUCCACGCGUGCCCUCCCCCCGCAACGUGGGUGCCACAACCGGCCCCGUGGGGGGUGCGCCCUCGCAGCAGGCGGCGCCCGCCACGCCGGCGGCCACGGUGACAAGGGCACGCACGGCACUCUCAACGGCCGGCGCGUCCCCAGCGUCUCCACCGGGGGAGGGCGGCGGGGCCAAGGAGCAGUCGCCCGUGACCCGGGUCAAGUCGUCCCACGUGCUGGUCACGGAGCCAGACACGAGUACGGUGGCCAAGCAGAACCCGGCCGUGUGCGUCUUUGUCAACCACCAGUGCUCAUGUGGGCCCUACCUGGACCCCCAGAAGAUUGGGCAGCUGCCCCGGCAGCUGGGGCCGGGCUCCAUGAACCGGGUGCUCCGAGAGGCCGUGCAGGCAUGCGUGGACUGCUCCCUCAUCGAGAGGAACGUCUACAACCUGCUCCGCAAGGGCGACGGCAAGGUCAUCAUCAACGCCAACAUUGACGGGCGCCUGCACACGUGCCGGCUGCCCGCCAUCGACAAAGUGUCCUCCUUCUGGAACUACCUGGAGAACCUGUUUGAGGAGCUGCUCUGCUGCGAGAACUUCUACACCAGCCAGCCCCUGGAAGGGGGCUGCACCAAGUGUGCCAGCAAGGCCCCCACCAAGCCCAGAGUGAUGGAGCAACUGCACACAGACACCGGAAGUACCGGAGUCUCCGCGAACAACGACGGCAAUAGCGCCACCAACAACAACAACAACAACCUGUCUGCCCCCGUGAAGCGACGCUGGUCGUCGGACUCUGCAAGUGGACAGGCUCCGACGUCGCGCAGUCCGGCAGCGACGCCUAUUCCGGCCUCUGCUCCGAAAGCGGCAGCCAGACCACAGCCUGCCAAGGUGGCCUGCAUCCGGAAUUCAGCCGACGGCGAGGCAAGUUCAACCACCAACCACCAUCCACCGGAGAAGGUGCACAAACCCGCAGCGCCACCCGCGGCACCAGCGCGAGCUCCGGCACCGGUGAGCGCCCAUCCGUUGGAGUGGAGCAUAGAGGACGUGAUCCGGCACAUUUCAUCCCUGGACGCGGCCCUGGCGUCUCACUCGGACCUCUUCAGGAGACACGAGAUUGACGGCCGAGCACUGCUUCUGCUGAACAGCGACAUGAUGAUGAAGUACAUGGGCCUGAAGUUGGGGCCUGCCCUGAAGAUAUGCAACAUCAUCGACAAGAUCAAGGGCCGCAAAGGCCUCUGAUUGCCCCGCAGCGUCGACCCACAUGAGCUGCAAGCAUUCACCUCUCAUCCACACGUCGGGAAUCCCCAGCUGCUGUCGGAACUUGGCCUCCGCGGCGCCCAAAGCGACAACGCCGCGUUGCAGCGGCGGUCUGGUUGCAACGUCGUCGAGGAUUCGGGGACAGUGGCGAUAACGCAUUUCGGACCCCCAAUUUAUUUAUUUGUGAUUUGUGACAUGUGUGGAACUUUGAUGUACAUACUGUUGUGUGUUAGCCACUAAGUCUUUUUGAGUCCUUAUUCUUCUUCCCUGGGGGAGAGGUGAGUUACAACAUGCACUUUGUUUGACACCUUUCCUGGAAGGGGGCACUGUCUUUAAUCAAGUAUAGGCAUUUUGUUGCAAUGUUUUUGUUUUGGGGCAGUUUACAGCAUUGAGACGUUCAACGUGCCACUUUUGCGAAUCAUUCAUAAGCUGGACUGCAAUUUUCUUUGUGUGGACAUUCAAGAACCUGCUAAUAGCAUCAUCCUUUUUUUUUUUGUUGCCUCUUUGCAUAGUUUUUUCUGUCUGCUUAAAGUGAAGUAACUGCUUUGUUCGGAUGAAAACGUGUCUUGGUUUAUUGAAGAGCAUUGUUUGCAAUCGACUGCUUUCUCUUCUGCUCUACCUAGAUUCAACCUGAAAGCCAGAGAGAGGAGCUUGCGGAAGACGCUCGUCGACAACUUCCAUGUUAUUUGAAAUUUGUUUUUCAUCACUUUUGCUCUGUACCUGGUGAUCUCAUGUUUGGUGCACCACCGCCUUUUCGUUAUGUAGCCGUCAUGACCCGCGAUUCGUCUUGUUCUUUGUUCAUUUAUUGAUCCUUUUCGAUCGAUCGCUGUUUGCAGCGGGUGAAAGUUCCGGCAAAUUUAGCAUUGAUUCCACAUCGCUAACAUGUGCGGGACAUUAUGUUACGCCCAUGACGCCAAGUCAUCCGCAUUAGUAUUCACUAUCCUCACCGAUGUCCAUAUUCAUCACCUCUAUGUCACCCAGGCAGUCGGCAUACAGUGGACCCAUGUGGAAAGGUGCAUAUGUUGAAGAAUGCAUCGAGCCAGUUCAACCUAUUAGCUGUAUGCAGUUCUGAAUCAAGCUGGUCCAAAAGAGGUUUGCAUGAAAUGAGCAUUAUGAGCAGUAGUGCGAUCGGAUUAUGAAACGUGGCUCCGCUGUACUUGCAAGAUGGAGUAUGUGUACAGCAUUUGUGUUCUGAUCAAACAUGGUGCAUGUGGUGUCAAGAGCAACAACCUCCUGGGGUGGGGAGAUUCGGGUGAUAUACGAGAGCUCUAUUUUUCUGGGAAAACGCUGUUGAUCUGAUCAUGGCUGCCAGUGUGACGAGGCUUUGCGCAGUCCCCGUCGCUCGAACGAUGCGUAACAUGGAUCUCGUAGUUGCAUUUGAUGAGCUCCGGCACGUGCAGUGCUCGUUCCUGUUCUGUUUGGGUUUUUUUGUUUGUUUGUUUUUAUUUUGAGGAGUGAUAGCAGACUAUUUGUCCAAAGGAUAAUCAACAUUGUGAUUUUCUGCUUUCGGGUAUGUCACUGCUGUCUUAGUAGUGUGUGCAGGUUUUUACUUGAGCACUAUGAUACAUUGUCUUUGCAUAAUUUGCAAAAUGGUUUGGCCGCUAAAAUCUCGGAAGUGGCACAAAUCUGCCAAGCUGCAAAAUCUUUUUUUUUUUUUUGUUAUUGUAUUUUGUAAAUAAUCUAAGUCGUAUUUUAUGUUAUGUUUGUUCCUGUGAAGAGUUGGGUUUAGAACAUUCGCAGAGAACGUGUGGUUUCCUUGGAUUGUUGUGUGAGGGGGUAACAUUUAGUUCGACCCGCCAGCUUGGUGGGUGAAUGCCGCAGGUUUAACCCAAAUUCCUUGCGUGCAGACAUUUUCUGGAAGAAACACUGAGCUAGCAGUUUAGCUUCAAAGGGAAAGAAUCCUGUUACAAAGCGCACAGAAAGGAAAAGAUAAGUCAAUGUUCUUAGUGUUUUUGUUUUUUUUUAUUAUUAAUAUUUUUUUUUAAUUCUUUUUCUUUGUUUUUUCUUUUUUUCGCGCGCGAAAUUUUGGAACCAAAGUUCUUCACUGUGCGCGCGCCUUGGAAUGUAGUUCCUCCGGCACCUGCGGCGCAGUAAUACAGGUGGAGAGAUCCGGCGAUGCGAUGGAGAGGCGAUAAAAUCAAUGUCUCCACGGAAAUAAAAAAAAAAAGUAUCCCAGCUGUCGCUUGCAUAUAGUAGUGCCUGUGGUCUGUGUUUAAUUUAUUAUGUGCACGAGCACUGCUCGCAAAGCCAGCAUUAGCGUUCCCGACCUGGUCGCUUAUCUUUCGAAGUUAUUGGCGAUAAGCCGAGGAGUCCGACUGCUGUUCUCCCAGAUGGCAAUCUGGCGAUUAAAAGAGGCGUACUCCUAGGUUGCCAUCGCGAAGGUACGUCCAAGCAUGUUGCUUUUUCUUCUUGAAUUCAUAUGCUCUGAAAUUUUUAUGUGAGCCGUUUCACAGCAUGAUUCUCAGCGCAGCUUUGCACGCCAUCGCUGUGCCGUGUGGAGUGCUUGACGUCGGAGCGAAGGGCGUGCGGUUGAUAACCUUUUCGUUGCGUAGAGUUCUAGAGAAUGCUGUAGUUGCGUGGUAGUAGUAUAAUCGAAGCUACUUUUUCAAGUAUCUGAAUGCGGGCUAUGUGGCACUGCGUUAACUUGCUACUUCGAGCGUAAACAUUCUCGAGCAUGCUGCUGCGUCAGUAAUAAAGGUAUU